AUGGGCAACAAUUUUUCGACAGUUAGAUGGGAAUCACCGACCGGCGGCAAGUUCAGGAUCUAUUCCAGAUUCUAUGAUGUUUAUGGACUUGGAUCAUGGAAACCUGUCGAGGUACAACAUAGGAUCAUCGGUCAUCCGGCUUUUGACAGGGUCGGGGAAUGCCUCGUGCUGGUAGAGUUGAAACCGAACGGUACUCAGGAAAUCGAAUUCCGAAAGGAAAAAUCCUGGUCAGCUAAACAAAUCCGAUAUCUCGAUUGCGCUUUGGAUGGUCUUUCAGCACCAUAUCAUUGGUGGGGACUGGUGAUCAUUCGACCUCACCUGAGAUUGGUGAAAGAAGCUGCACAACAAGCUGCUAUAGUCAAAGCUAAAGCGUCAGAAGAAGCCACAACGGCAGCAACCUCGCGGCCACAGGAGACAGUGAUAGAAAAGAAAGAAGCCAAGGCAGAGAAGAAGAAAAUCACCAUAGUGGAAAACAAAGAUGACAAGGUGUUGAAACAGGUAGAAGAGAAAACAGAGACAAAAAUGCAUGAGAAAUCAGAGAAGAUGGAAGGCGCGGCUAGCGAGAUUGUCACUGAACAAAUUGCUGUUCCCCCUGCCGAAGGAAAAAAGGGAAAGAAGAAGGCUAAGGAUGCAGUUUAG